GCUGGCCCAAAACCGCGGACAGGGAUUCUGAAGACCAGCAUUUCCUCAUUGGUAUGGCGCUCAAGGCCUGGGAAGGUGCAGUGUCUGUCGGCUACCCCAAAAUGGAUGAUAGUGUCACCUGAGGACACCAGAGGCCGGGAAGGUUGGUCUCAGGUGCAUGUCUGGAUUCACUAGGAAUGCAGAGCGGCCAUCCCUUCUGAUGUUUACGUGCCACCUGCAGCUCAUGAAAUCAGGUUUCCAGCAGCCCCCUGGCCACCACGUCAGCUCCCCUCUGGGGAGGCACCACCAAGAGCUUCUCUGGAGGAGGCUGCCUCGGCAAGCCCAGACCACCUCCCUGGGUCCUCUCGCUCGCCACCCUGCUGCCCCAUCCUGCUGGUCCCAGAGGGGCACUGCCAUGACAGCGGCCUGACUGCCCCUGCCUCCAGUGAUGCUGCCUUCAGGGACCAUGCCCUUGGUGCCUCGGGAUUCGUGCCUUACUACAGAACCCUCGAGGAGGAGCUGCGCGCCAGCCCUGGGCCUCCAGUCUCUCCGCUGGGGAGCCAGGAGCCCACAGGGAUGCUGCCCAGGCCUCGUGCAGCUACUUUGUGAAGGAGUGUGAGUUACUAGCAGCUGGAGCUGCUGAAGAUUGGGCCCCAGCACCUGCUCAUCUGCAAGAGGUGAACGUGGCUGGGGGUGAGGGUUCCAGAACUGGCCUGGGACCACAACUCUGCCUUACCUCCCCCUCUGCCUGGGUGCCUAGGAACCACGGAGCUGGCAGGAGGAGCCCAAACGCUGGCAGGCCUGUCGAUCCCCUCUCAGUCUACUUGGGUGGGCCAACAAGAAGAUCCUGUGCCCUGCCAGGGUGUACCUCCACACCAGUGUCCGACUGAGCAGGCCUGGGGCAGGAGCAGUCCUUUUCCUCGAGGACUGGAGGGGAGAUGCUCAGCCUGUGCCCCCCGCAGCCACAGCCUCAGGGAGUGACCCCACAGCCCUGGGUGCUCCCUCGGGCCUCCUAGCUGGAAAAACUGCCCGAGGCCAAGGGGACAGCAGUAGCCCCCAAAGGCACUCCACCAAGGAGAUGUCUGCCCGGCCCAGCACUCAGACCGUCCCACGGUCCUCCUCUGCGGUAGCCUGUUCCAAGCUCAGAGGAAGGGAGCAGGACCAGGGUCCUCUGAACAACUGAGGGAUGCAGACCAGAGACUAAAUAAAUCACUUCACUACAAGGAUUGGAGUUGGUGCGCUAACGUGGUGCUUUGGAGUAAUGCGUGCAGCUUUGCAUUAAGUGAGCAUUUGCUAUGUGCUAGGCACCUUACAGAGACCAUCUCUCUAUCCUCAUGGGGGUAGACCCUUGCAUCAGCUCCAUUCUCCAGAUGAAGAAACAGGCUCAGAAAGGUGCAGCCAGCGUCAUUGUCGGUCACCCUCUGGACACGGUCAAGGUACUUCAACCACGUUUGCCAUUACCUCUUGGAAGGGGGCCUGGAACUCGCCUGCAGGCCGGCGUCAACUACGGGGACACCAUCAGCUGCAUCCGCACGGUGUACAGGAGGGAGAGUGUCUUCGGCUUCUUCAAGGGCAUGUCCUUUCCCCUUGCCAGCAUCGCGGUCUACAACUCUGCGGUGUUUGGGGUCUUCAGUAACACGCAGAGGUUCCUCAGCCAGCACCACUGCAGGGAGCCCGGGGCCAGCCCAUCCGGCACCCUGUCUGACCUUCUCCUGGCCAGCAUGGUGGCUGGCGUGGUCUCUGUGGGGCUGGGCACGCCCGUAGACCUCAUCAAGAUCCGGCUGCAGAUGCAAACACAGCCAUUUCAGGAAGCCAACCUUGGUUUGAGACCCAGGGCGAUGACUCUUGGGAAGCCACCAGUCUACCAGGGGCCUGUGGAUUGCAUUGCAACCAUCGUGCGGACCGAGGGCCUGGCAGGGAUGUACCGGGGUGUUGGCGCCAUGCUGCUGAGGGAUGUCCCCGGCUAUUGCCUCUACUUCAUCCCCUAUGUGUUCCUGAAUGACUGGAUCACACCCAAAGCCUGCACAGGCCCCAGCCUCUGUGCUGUGUGGCUGGCGGGCGGCGUGGCAGGAGCAAUUUCUUGGGGGACAGCGACUCCUAUGGAUGUCGUGAAAAGUCGACUCCAAGCUGAUGGGGUUUAUUUAAACAAAUACAAAGGUGUCCUGGAUUGUAUCUCCCAGAGUUACCAGAAGGAAGGUCUUAAAGUGUUUUUCAGAGGCAUCACUGUGAAUGCUGUGCGCGGCUUCCCCAUGAGCGCCGCCAUGUUCCUCGGGUAUGAGUUCUCGCUGCAGGCAAUCCGCGGGGACCAGGCCGUGACUAGCCCCUGAGCGCCAGGGCCAGCGUCACCUGGCCAGAGCUGGUGUCAUCUGACCAGAGCCUCUUUUUGCUACAAGUUGGUGCUGGAGGCAUGGCAUCUCUAGACUCCUCAGUAGUGAACUUAAGAGAAAGAAGGCCUCUCUUCCACCUGUGCUGUGGGUCAGGUGGGCCCUCAGCCAUUGGCGCCAACCUCAGAAUCCCUUCUUUCCUGAGGACUCUGCUCCUUACCUCCCAGCUGCGGCCACUCAGCUGCUGCCUGGGAAGGAACUGUUGGACCAUUGGACCACUGACCGACCACCAGCUAUUUCCGAUCUCCACUGGCCCCAAUACAAAGCAGGAUAAGAUCGGCCCUGUCCCCAUGCCUGCUGUUACACUCACUGGGAGCUCAUGGAGGAGCUCAACUGCAUGUUUGCAAAUAAAAAGCACUGAAGACCUCUUCAGGUCAUUACCGAAUCAGAUGCUUCUGCCUGGCUUCCACAGGAUACUGGCCACUCUCGUUCUUCCCUAUGUUUAGAUCUCUAUAGAUGGUGCUGGCCCAAAGAACCCACUCCACACAGGUGAGAAGAGAAACCAAGGAGAUGGCCGUCAUGCUUCUUUAUGCCCUGCUGCCUCCGGUGGGCAAGGAGGACACCUGACUCCGGUGGCACUUGCUGAUGGGGCGCCUCAGAAUGGUGUUAGUGAGCAUGCUGGGAUGGGCGUUCUCUGGGCCUUAUUUCCACACGGAGAACAAAACAAAACAAAGUACUUUGUCCACA